UCAGAUAUUCUCAAUCGAUAAGGCAAAAUCAGAGAAGAAAGAAAGGUCGCGGAUUCCAGAGACGAGCGGCGAUGGGAGGACACGGAGCUGUAGAGGUGGCCAAGACCGUGAUCGAGGUCGCUGACGUGGCGUGGAAGGCGAUGGAGUGCGUCGACCACUUCCACCACCACCACCACCACCACGAGGAGGAAGAAACCAAGGCCGGCACGAUUUCCGACGACGAACUGGACGCGCUGCGAGCCGAGAAUAGGCGGCUGAGGAAGUCGCUGGAGGAGAAUCUCAAGCUGCUCGAAAACCUAACCGAGUCUCCUUCUCUGUUGAACGAUUGCCCUCCUGACCUGUACGCGCGGCUUGUAGCUGCAGUGAAUUCUGAGAACUUCGUGACGAGAAUUAAAGCGAUUAAGCAUAAGUCUGUGGAUUGCAAUCACUUUCCUUUCAGGGUUGCUACAGGGAGUGAUUUGGAGGAAGCUGAGAUUAUGAUCAAUGUGAACCAGAAGGAGCCGAGCUGGUGGGUGUGGGUGACAGAGGAUAUGGUUCCGGGGAAGGUGGAGGAGAGGAGUGGGAUUGAUAAUGAUACUUAUGUGGUUGUUAGUGAGGAGCAUGUGGUGGAUGGGGUGGCUGAUUUUAUGGCUAAGUGUAUUAUGGCUAACCCGAAAGCUGCGAAUAUGAAGCCGGAGGAGUUGCAGAAAAUUGUAGCAAAAGCAAUGGUUGGUGUGAGUAAAUUGGAGAAGGUUUUGGGAAUUUGGCAUGCUGGGAAGCUGUUUUAUGCCCUGUCCACUUGGGGACUUGCUCUAGCCGGGUUGUACCAGACCCGUGCCGUAUUAAAGAUUGCUGCAAUGGGGGUGCAUACAACAGGCAAAGUGCUUAUGAGGGCAAUGUGAGACGUGCGUUGCCCCUUGCAACUGAAUUGUACUAUAUUUCUCAUCUGCACUUAGAUUGUGUUUGGAUAGUUAUAAGAAUUCCCAUCCGAUGUGUAUAAUUGUAAAUACCUCUUGCUCUUGUAUCUGAACUCGAUUGGUUAAUGGUAUCGACUGUUUGAUUGAUUCUA